GACAGAGGAGAUGAGCAGGCCCUCGAGUCAAAAUCUCAGUGAGUGCGGGUUGACUCGGAAAAUCAUGCGAUCGAGCCCGUGGAGCAGACCUGCUCGAGUACGAUAGACCCAAGUCGAGAUUUUCAGAACACGACAUGAGGGCAGAAAAAAUUAUUUGACUCGUAUUUCGUCUCGUCCCGUGGUCUUCUUCUGGCGAGAAGUUUUGGUUUGACUAAAUAGCUUUUUCUUCGUCGGUACAAAUAUCUGCGGGCGGAUUUCUGCAGUCCUUCUCUGCAUUGCGACUUUUGUUUUGUUUUCUUGGUUUCUCAUCGACGAGCCCGUCCAGCUCAUCGAGUUCUUGUGUUCUCGGCUCAUCGUCGAGUUUCUGAAAGUUUGGCAGCAGUAUAGGGAAGUGUUUGUUUGCUUUGUGUGUGUUUGUGUGUAGGAGCUUUUGCUCAAUUCGAUUGCGACCUGCUCUUGCGCAAUUUUCUUUGGUGCAGAACAUCGUGGAGGAGAUCAGCUUGAGAACUGUAUCUGGAAGAUAUGACGCAAGCGGGAGGCCCUGCGAAUUCAGGGCCUCUGGUGAGAUUGGCCCAACCCUCCAGCACAGAGCCGAGCAGAAGAGUGAGGAUUAAUGUCGGAGGUCGGGUCUUCGAGACCUUGCUCGGAACAAUCAAUGCUGCGGGAAAGACUUCCCAUAUUGUGAAAACUGUCACUUCGAGUCCGGUCUCCUCGGAGGUGUUUGUUGACAGAGAUCCCGACCUGUUUGCCGUGCUGUUGAAUGUCCUCCGCUAUGGGGAGAUCGAUCACAUGAUCGAGCGUUCCACGAUGGAGAAGCUGAUCAAGGAAGCAGCUUUUUAUGGAAUGCUUGAUAAUCUGAAGGCAGCCCUGUAUCCCCAGGCGCUCGAUGGGAUUGACGUAGAGAAAAUUAGUCCUAUAAUCCCUAACGGGAUGGAUUAUCCAUCCGCUCUUGCUGCUGCAAGCGACGGCUCUCUCUGGGUAGGCCAUGGCAGCAAAAUUACCGUGUACGAUUGGGCUCACCGCAAGGGCAAAACCACCGUCACAGAGCUCAGCACAAUAAAGACGCUUCACAGAAUCUCGGACUCUCACGCGGCCAUAGGGGCGGACGACUUUCCUGGAUUGCAUAUCUACGAUGCUGCCAAAGGGAUCCACACCAAGAGUUUGACCUGGGUGGAUAACGAUGAUCCUCGGGUCUACAAUCCGGGAGUGCGAGCAAUCACAUCGAAUGACACGCAGAUGUUCGCCAGCUUCGAAAGUGGCCAGAAGCUGGAUAAUACCAUUCUGAUCGUGGACAGGGAAAAGUAUGACGUACAGCGCGAAUUGGGCAGGCAGAAUGGAGGCACCGGACACUCCAAGGCUGCUACGAGCCUCCAAUGGCUCACGGAGAAGAACUUGCUUCUCGUUGGAGCUUCGCACGGCGGUGCGUUUGGAUACAGUGGGUACAUCAGGCUGUGGGAUAUACGGACUGACAAGCAAGUGUGGGACUGGGAAGAGCCUCACUACAAGAACCCGCGCAUCGAGCAGCGCGACGUCUUUGCAGACAUAGUCGCGAAUGAAGAGCUCUCCGGCCUCUUCAAAGUGAGCAUCAAUUCCGGUGCUAUAGCCAUGGCCGAUUUACGCCACCUCGAUGCCACGGACCCCUGGCUCACUCUCACCGAGACGAAUCCCGAACUCGAGGAAACCGCAGGCGGAGUAGACAACAAGCUGAUGACCUACAACAAGCAGCUGUAUGUGAGUCGGGGAGGAAGUCUGGAAGUGUGGUCGGAGGUGCCUUUGGCCGACAGCUUCAAGGAUCUGAAAGAAAAGGAGUAUUGGGAAACUUCAUUCCGAAGGAAUUUCGUCGAUCACAGGCGCCAUGUGACGGAUCCAAUCACCCAGCUUGCGGUCGGGGGCGACCGGCUCUUCGUGGCCAGAAAAGAGCACCAAGCUGUAGAAGUUUGGGAAACGAGACGUGUGUGUUGAAUCCAAGGAUGUCUUCCGUUCUUCAAUUUUGCAUCUUGCGGAAAUUUCAGUUUGUGAUUCAUUCCUCAAAGAUGCUGGCCCGAAUCAUUGCCAGUUCUGGGCCUUUACUGAACGAACUCGAACCACAGGCUCCCGAUUGGGCCCAGAUCUACAUACAAUGCAGGAUGGCGGACUGUGCCUCGCGCGUCUAGCGGUCGAGAGACACAUGUACAGGUUCAGAUCUUGGCCUGGAUCUCAUCACUCGUUGAGUAUGCAUGCUGGGAACAAGUUGAGUUGCACGGCAAUAGCCAAGAGAUGAUAGUAUUUCAAUACUGAAUCUGGUCCUCCUCGGAUAUCGUCAAGCUGAGUACGAGCUCCCUUCCAGUAGUAGUUUACAAGAGCCGGAUUCCUCCUACCAUCAAAAGGCAGAGAUCUCCUCGUUACGGUAGCAAGAGAAAUGCCUGCAGAAUUGUACAGCUUAGUCCUAACUAGAGAUUAGUCAUUAUGUCCAGCAAGACACCAGAAUGGUAAGUGUAACGUGUUUCCCAGUUGUCAUCCCAAUUUGCCAUGGCUAAAUGAAGUGGCGAGAUUUGUUCAUUGAUAAGUAUAAAUGCCUCUACCGUGUCCUCUGC